AGUGAGCGGUUUGUUUGCUAACCGAUGCUAACCGAUGCUAACGGUCUCCGGUACAUCAGACUCCCGGUACCGGAGCUGAAACUGACUCCGGUUCGGUUUGUGUUUCUAUUUUAAAGCUUCAUUCCUUGUUUUAAUUUAAAAAAAAAAAAACCCGGCUGAUUUUCAUUUCAGACUUCGUUACUGGGGCGGAAAACAGGUGAGGCGUCACCUGGCCUCCAGCUUCUUCUGCGCUUCCAUCAUGGAACUGGCAUACGUGUGCGAGUGGGAGAAGCGUCCAAAGAGCACCCACUGUCCGUCCAUCCCACUGGUCUGCUCCUGGUCCUGCAGGAACCUGGUGGCCUUCAGCACCGACCUGAAGAAUGACGACGAUGACAAGGAUGUCAGUCACAUGAUCCACAUCAUCGACACCGAGCACCCCUGGGAUGUUUACUCCAUUAACUCUGGACACACUGAGGUCAUUUCCUGUCUGGAAUGGGACCAAUCAGGCUCCAGGCUGCUGUCUGCGGACGGCGACGGUCAGAUUAAAUGCUGGUCGAUGUCGGAUCACCUGGUGAACAGCUGGGAGAGCGUCCUGUCCAGCUCCGUGGACGGAGACCCCAUCGUGGCUCUCAGCUGGCUGCACAACGGAGUCAAACUGGCGCUGCACGUGGAGAUGUCGGGCUCCACCAACUUUGGGGAGAAGUUCUCCCGGGUGAAGUUCUCCCCGUCCCUGACCCUGUUUGGCGGGAAGCCGAUGGAGGGCUGGCUGGCGGUGACGGUGAGUGGUUUGGUCACUGUGUCGCUGCUGAAGCCGGGUGGCACUCUGCUGACGGCCAGCGAGAGUCUGUGCAGGCUCAGAGGACGAGUGGCGCUGGCCGAUAUUGCCUUCACCGGGGGAGGGAACAUCGUGGUGGCGGCCACCGACGGCAGCAGCUCCUCCCCGGUCCAGUUCUACAAGGUUGUGGUGAGUGUGGUCAGCGAGAAGUGCCGCAUCGACACCGAACUGCUGCCGUCGCUGUUCCUGCGCUGCACCACUGACCCGCUGAGGAGGGAAAAGUACCCGGCGGUCACCCACCUCAAAUUCCUCACCAGGGAGAACUCUGAGCAGGUCCUGCUGUGCGCGUCCAAUCAGAGCGGCAGCAUCGUGGAGUGCUGGUCCCUGAGGAAGGAGGGGCUCCCCGUCAACAACAUCUUCCAGCACCGAUCACCAGUCGUCGGGGAGAAGCAGCCGACGAUCCUGAAAUGGCGAAUCCUGACGACCACCAACGAUCUGGAGCGAGUGUCGGCCGUCGCUCUGCCCAAACUGCCCAUCUCCAUCUCCAACACCGACCUGAAGGUGGCGUCGGACACCAAGUUCUGCCCAGGACUCGGUCUGGCUCUGGCGUUCCAUGACGGCAGCAUCCAGAUCCUUCACCGUCUGUCCCUCCACACCAUGGGAGUGUUCUACGGUUCCUCGUCCUCCGCCCAGCGGCCUGGAGACGAGUCCACCAUCAAACGCCAGAGAGCCGCAGGCCCCGCCCUCCACUUCAAGGCCCUGCAGUUCUCCUGGACCUCAUUGGCUCUGGCUGGAGUCGACAACCACGGAAAGCUGCACAUGCUGCGGGUGUCGCCCUCUAUGGGGCAGGUGCUGGAGAUGAACACGACGCUGCGCCACCUGCUGUUCCUGCUGGAGUACUGCAUGGUGACCGGCUAUGACUGGUGGGACGUGUUGCUGCAUGUGCAGCCCAGCAUGGUGCACAACCUGGUGGAGAAGCUGCAUGAGGAGUACAUGAGGCAGAACCAGGCGCUGCAGCAGGUUCUGGCGACUCGCAUCGUGGCCGUGAAGGCGUCUCUCUGUAAACUCUCCACGGCGACAGCGGCCCGAGCGUGUGACUUCCACGCCAAACUGCUGCUGAUAGCCAUCAGCGCCACCUUAAAGUCUCUGCUGAGGCCACACGUCCUCAACACACCCGACAAGAGUCCAGGUGACCGUCUGACCGAGAUCUGCGCCAAGAACACCGACACAGAUAUCGAUAAGGUGAUGAUCAACCUGAAGACGGAGGAGUUUGUGUUGGACGGUCCUCCCCUGCAGUCCCUGCAGCAGCUCAUCCAGUGGGUCGGAGACUUCGUCCUUUACCUGCUGGCUAACCUGCCCAACCAGGGCUCCAUGGUCCGACCCGGGUUCGGCUUCAUGAGGGACGGGGCGUCUCUGGGGAUGCUGAGGGAGAUGCUGGUGAUGAUCCGGAUCUGGGGUCUGCUGAAGCCGGGCUGCCUGCCCACCUUCACCGCCACGUCAGACAGCCAGGACAACAUGCAGCUGCUGUUCCGACUGCUCACCAAGCUGUGGCUCUGCUCGCGGGACGACGGACCCCCCCAGGACCCCGAUGAGAGCCUGAUCGACGAGUGCUGCCUGCUGCCCAGUCAGCUGCUGGUUCCCAGUAUGGACUGGCUGCCGGUGAACGACGGCGUCAUCGUGAAGCUGCAGGGAAAGCAUCCGCUUAGGCUGCAGUUUGGAAAGGCCUCAUCGCUGCCCGGAGCUGGAACCACUGCCCCGCUGGAGGUCUUCACCAGGAGUCCUGGUUCCCAGAAGAUGGACAACCUGCGCUGCAUUCACAUGGGAGUCUGUCCCACUGAGGAGAGCAAAGCCUGCACCAGGUGUGGCUGCGUGACGAUGCUCCGUUCUCCCAACAAGACCAACGCUAUGAAGCAGUGGGAGCAGCGCUGGAUCAAGAACUGUCUGUGUGGAGGCCUGUGGAGGAGGAUCCCGCCCACACUCACCUGAGCUCCGGUCUCCUCACCUGGACACCUGGACACUCAUCAUCAGUGUAUCAUCUCUGAGAUAAAGUCUUACUGUUUGGUAUCAUGAAGCUUUAAACCGGUGGAUCACCAUGGUAACCGAGGUAACUGAUGCUGCAGGUGGACUUUAGUCUGUUUUAUUGUCAGAACAGAAGCUUUCUGAAUGUUUCUGUUCUAAAACUGUUAAAUAAUAUUUUAGUCACGUGAGUUUCCAUGUUUUUAUACACAUUUUAGUUGUAAAUAGAAACGGCAACAUUUUAAAAAAACUUCCGUCAGUUUCACAAAAAUAUUUUCUGACUUUUCCUAAACAGCUUCAUUUGGACUGAAACACCUGAAGUCACAUGACUGAUCAGCACCAAACAUGGCUGAUACUGUAGCUGGUUUCAAUCACAAACUUAAUGUUUUUAUUUUCAGUAUCUUCACAGUAUUUCCUGUUUCAUCCAGUCUGAAUAAAAGGAGACAAACUGCUUCAUUAUAAUAAUGUAACUUAAACUUCAACCUUCUGUUUCUGCAAACUUUAAAUGCAACCAGAGCAAGCAGGUUUUUAUUUACAUCAGGAUGAACUAAACCUUUCUCUGAUGUAGGAUAAUGUUUGCUGGGAUGGAUUUUGGAGCGCAGCCCUCGAUUUGAUUGUCUUCUUCUACUCUGUUGAUCAGUGCAGCUACAGCGCCACCUUCUGACGACACCACACUGGAUUUAUUCCCUCCAGAGCAGUGAGUGCAGCGGUGUCAAACUCAUCUUAGUUCAGGUUCCACAUUCAGCCCGGUUUCAUCUCAGUAACCUAUAAAUAACCACAGCUCCAAAUGUUUCCUUUGUUUUAGUGCAGAAAAAUACAUUGUGAAAAUGUUCACAUUUAAGGAAUUAUCUUUUUACUAAACAUGAACAUCCUGAAAUUUCUUCAGAAAAACAAAUUAAAUUUCAUCAACAUUCAGCCUCAGUUUAUCAUUUCCACAUUACAACUUCUAGAUCUCAGAGUGUCGACAAAGGAACACAACAUUUAGUCAUCUGGAACUGAAUCAUAGAGGAUUUUACUGUAGGAUCAAAAGGACAAAAGUCAGACAAAAACAAGACAAUAUUACAAAAAUGAGACACACAAUGGCAAAAAUUAGACACAAAAUGAGACAAAGGCAUGAAACAAAAGAGACAAAAACGAUGAAAAAGUUAAAAAGCGACAAAAAAAUGGACAGAAACAAGACAAAACUCAAAGGAAACUAAAAAGAAACAAAACGACAAAAAAACAGACAACACAAGCGAGACAAAAAAAAACCCAAAAUGACAAAAAUGACACACAAUGAUUGAAGCAAAAGAAAAAAUGACAAAAAUAAGACAAAAAAAUACAAGAACAGACACAAAAGAAACACAAAAUGACAAAAACGAGAAAAUGACAAAAACAGACUAAGAAUAAAAAUCCAAAAAAAGACAAAAAAUCAAAAACGACAAAAUAUUACAAAAAUGAGACACAAAAUGACAAAAAAAAACAAUGAAUCUAGUAUUUUACUUUGAUCAAAAUAACUUGUCAUGGUAUAGAAAUUAUUUUAAAUUUAUAGUUUUACUAAUUUACAAUCCUCAGUUAAUGUCUUGUCUGGAAUUUUUACACUUUGAGGACUGGAUUGGACCCUCUGGAGGGCCGGUUUUGGCCCGUGGGCCGCAGGUUGGACACCCCUGAUCUAGUGGAGCAAGAUUAAUACACAUUCAUUUUACAGUUCAAUCCCUUUCAGUGUUACAGUCCAGUUUUUAGCUGAUUAUUCUGAAACAGAAACAUGAUUCACAUUAAACUGACAAUAGAAUCUAAAUUAGAUAUGGAAGGAGGAGUUUUAUACUUUAAACCGUUUCCUGAUUAUUUGUGGAAACCUGAAUAUUAAUUGUGAAUAACCUGAAUCCCACUGAGCAUGCCCAGUAGCUCCUCAGACUCUGCUGACUGACCGGCGGCUCCUCUUGUACCAAUGUUGGACCAAAUCAAUUACGUUCUGAACAUUUAAAGGCUCAUGUCACAGAUUUUAACUUCUUCCUGACUGUGAGGAGUCAAACUCAGUCGCUGUUUCUGGACUUCACUCAUAUUAACGGCAUGAACACGGACAGCCGGGUCAGAACCAGCUUCAUGGAUCCAGUUUUCUGUCACGAUGUUGAAGUUUAGCAUCAGUGCUACAGAUUCAACUGUAAAUAGAAUCUUUUUUUCUAAUAAAACAAAUAAACUGUU